AUGCGACAAGAGCCUCGACCGCCAGUUCUGCCUCAACUACCUGCAAUCCACCCCCGGAAUCUCCGCCGCCGAUCUCAAGGGCUCCGGCAUCAUCGUCCUCAACUCCGCACGUGCCGAGGCGUCCGGCACCGAGAGCUACUUCAAGGGCCUGCUGGCGAAGGCCGCGGGCUCCAAACAGAAGGAGGCGUACAAGACGUGCCUGAGCAACUACGACGACGCCGUCGGCAACAUCGAGGCGGCGAGGGAGUCGAUGAGCGGCGGCGACUACAACGGGGCCAACAUCCAGGCGUCGGCGGCGCAGGAGAACGCCGACACGUGCGACGAGGGGGUGAAGGGGACGGAGCUGUCGGGGAAGAAUCAGCAUCUCGUUAA